AUGGUAGUAUCUCUCACCUCUUCUUCAGAUCCAAGAGAAGAUAUGAACAUCCUGGAAGCCAACCAGUACUUAUGCUCUCAGCAGGAAAAAAGCAAACAGAACUUCCAAGACCUCACAGAGAAAUAUCUCACAUCCAAAGCUACUGCAUACACCCUGGCCAACCACCUGCAGAAAUACAAGUGUGAAGAGUGUAAAGACCUCAUAGAAGCUGUGCUGGGAGAGGAACUGCCAUUUGAGGAAGGGAACUUG